GGCUUAAUUACGAUCCCUUCUUCCAGAUCACGCUACCACACAUGGCUCUAAGAAGUAUCCUCCAAGAGACUCACAAUAGAGUACUACUUCUAGUGUUAGGGCUCGUAGUGUACUAAUAAUUUGUGAUGGUGAUGAUGAACAUGAUUCAUGAGCUUGUAUAAUCGCAGCUUGAAUUUGUACACAAAAUUCACAAGCUUUUAAUCUAGCAAAUAUUGUUUUGCUUAAAAAGAUACAGCCCAUGCUUUGACAUUCGUGAAACGUUCGCAAGAUAAAGUUAUCUGCAAAUUUUGUACUUGAUAUCAUGGACCUAUAAGCGUGAAGAUGAUCCAACCAGCGUUCUUCUAAUUAGAAUUUUUGAGAUUUCUCCAGAAGUGUCCAAGAUAUUAGGCCUACAAUGCAGUAUUCUCAAAAAAAAAUGUUUUCUUACCUCACAAUUCUAGCAGUUUUGAUAAUAUUAUUGCAAUCCGUCCACGUGGAUACUGUCUUAAACGAUACUGCCGAAAGUUCUAACAAUCCGUUUUUGUCAGAUCACUGUUUUGAUUACCUGAUAUUGUUGAUUGACAACACAGGUGACAUUCACUUGUACAAAUUUUGUCAAACAUAUAUAGACUGCUGUACUGUGAGCGCGUUAUCCAAAAAUAGAGGCUGUCGUGUUCAAACGCGAGUCACUCAGUCGCAAGGUGUACCUAGUGGUCGUUGCCAUGAGCUUUGUGAAGGGCAUUUUUGGGGGAGACAGCAGGGAAGAACCCGAAGAAGAAGAGGAAGCUAGUGGAGAAGAUACCUCCACAUCUUCGGACACUGGGUUUUUUGGAAGCCCUGUGAGUAGCGACAGCUUGGAUUUGGUGGAGAAGCUUGAAGAGGUGCCACAGAUGCAGCUGCAAGAUGCUGAUUGUUCCACUAUAUCCAACUUCUUUGGUUAUUGGUAUCCAUGAAAAACUGGGAUCAAAGAGAAGAGGUCUUAAUGUGAAACACUAAUAUAGCUGUAUAAUGGGAAAGUGAAGGAUAAUUUAGAUUCGUAUUUAAGAAUUUACUGUUUGAAUGAUAAAAUAUACCGACUAUUUUUGGGGCGGUGACUAUUGAACAAUCAUAAUAAGCCAAUGCCUGACUCUGUAACCAUGACCAAAUGCAUACAACGUUGUUUUAUGCUUUGCAAAAUUAAAUACAAAUACAUUUCUCUCAUUUCUAUCGGUCUGCAGGUGUGUCUGUCGGUGUGCUUGUCGGUCUGUGUGUCUGCCCGCUAAACCUUGGCCCAUCUAUAACGUGGAAAGUAGUGUUCAGAAAACAUCGCCACGUAUCUAUCUAUACGUAUCUUCAAAAGUUACGUUAUGUCGAUAUUUUCUGACAUUGUAUUGGUUUUUUGUGAUAUUAUGUGGAUUUUUCUACAAGAUGUUAACUAAGCACUAGCUGAUGGCCACGUUGUGAACUCGUUUUGUAGUUGUACGUGUUGCUAA